AUGAGCGAAGUCGUCGAGUCAAAGGGUCCGGACGAAGAGGCCAAGGAUUUUGAGUUGGAGGAAGAAGAAGAACAGCCUAAGAAAUGGCCUGACGAAACCUUCACACUGGCAAAACCAAUCCCGAAACAGUUUUCACCCUGGAAACGUUUGUACCAGAAAACAGUGACUCCUUCCAAAUCUCGCAAAAACAAGGAAAUAUAUGAGUCAUCUCAACAGGAACCAGUUGACCCGUGGACCCGUGGACCUGUUGACUAA